UAAGUCGAUAGAAUCACGGCCCGUUGCACUGUUGGAAAAAGUGUUUUGUGUGUUUUUUGUUGCGUUUUCUUCUUCAUGGCUGAAACAUGCAGAACUCCAAGGCCAAAAUGGAUGAAUUCAAGAGCAAAUUCAUGGACCUGCUGCACAAACAGACGAACCGACAAAUGAAAAUUCCUGCCAUGGGCUUUUCGGAUUACUUCAUCCAAACGGUGACCACAGACACCUCGCCCAGCCAUGAAGCGGAUGCCACGGAUGCGGCCGCCGCUGCGGGACAAGCCAACGCACAAAAGUCCGACCAGGAGAUCUUGGAGAGCAUCGAGCAGUGCUACUACAGCCCCGACAGUAAUCCACAGCUGUACGAGCUCAAGAAAGUUCUCAACGAUGGCAUCGACAACGAGCUCAUCGAGGUCACCAUUGCACAACUGCGCACCCAGCAGAAGGUUCUGACCAAACAGGUUCUGCAGAACAUUUUGGAGCAGCGGAACGCUUGCAGCAGCGAGUUUGCGGCCAUCAACGACACCCAGAAGAAGCUGGAGGAGUCGCUGUGGACGUGCCAGAAGGCGAGAUCCUACCUGAACUUCGCCCGGACCAACCUGACAACCACGAGCCUGGAGAUUUUGGCCAGCUAUCGCAAGCGAGAGGUGCUUAAGGAGGUGUUGGACACCCUAGUGGCCAUCAAGAAGCUGCGCACCACCGAUGUGGAGGUGCAGAAGCUGCUGGCAGACCACAAUUACAGCGCUGCCAUUGCCCUGCUGCUGCAGUGCAAGAGCUCGGCGGAGGCCUACAUGCAGUUCAACUGCGUGCAGUCGCUCUCCAAGAAGCUGCAGGAGACCAUGCUGCUCAUGGAGUUCCAGCUGGACACUGUGCUCAACGAGAUGGUCCUCGGCUUCGAUGGUCGGAAGUAUGCCAAGCUGCAGGAGGCCUACAAGCUGGCCAAUAAGUCGCUGAUGGCCAUGGACCAGCUGCACAUCAACUAUAUCUCGGCUAUACACUCCUCGGUGAACUCGGUGCUGCGGGGAUACAGUGAUCCCGGCCAGGACGACCAGGCCAAGCCGCUCUACGAACAGCUGUGCGAGCAGCUGAGUGUGGAGAAGCUACUGCCCUGCCUGAUCAGCCUGUGCAAGACGUUUUGGACCAUUCUGGCCUCCUACUACCAGGUGGUGAUGUGGCACAACAACUACAAGUUGUAUGGACAGGACGAGGAGGACUCACCGGAUAUGUACAUCCAGCAGAAGCUGAAGAAGGGACAGUCGCGGGUGUGGAACGACAUCCUGACCAAGGUGUGCCUGUUCCUGCAGGCGGCCAAGCUAAAGACGCUCAAGUACGACCAGUUCAUCCAGGUGCUGUCCGUGGUGCAGCGCCUGAAGAAGGUCGGCCUGGAGUUUUGUGGCGAGCAAUCGGAGAAGUUAAUCGAGACGAUGCAGCAGCAGAGCGAGGAGUUCUUCCGGCGCUACCACAUCUGCUGUGUGGAGGAGAUUUGCCUGUUUCUGGACAACGAGUCCUGGACGCAGGUGGACUCGUUUGCGCACAUUCUGCAAUUGCCUGACUUCCGUUCGGUUCGUCACACUCUGAGACGCCACAAAUCCCCCACAACGGCCCUGCUGGCCUCCUCGUCCAACAACUCUCCCAUCAGCAAUAAUAACUGCGACGAGCUAGUGUCCGUGCAUUCCCAGGAUGGCGGCGGUAGCUCAAUAUAUGGUUCCUACGGCUACUUUUUGCGCUUCUCCGAGAAGAGUUCCCCCUUUGAUGGCGGCCUCGAUGCUGCCAUGCUGGAGGAGGACAUUCUCUCGGGCAUUGUGGACGAGGCCUCGUGCUACUUCAGCGAAGAGAGCGACGACGAGCAGAAGAGUCUGCAGAGCAAGGAGUUUGACGACACCAGCAACCAACUGCUGGUUAACAACACCGCCUUGAAUGUGCUGCGCUGCAUUGGGAGAUAUCUGCAGAUGUGCAAGUUGCUGCACUGCAUCUCGCCGAAGAUAGUGGCCAGCAUGCUGGAGCUGAUUGACUUUUAUGCCUACGCCGUGCACGAAAUCUUUGGCAAGGAUGCGCUGGUGGCCACAGAUAAUUUGCAUACACCGCGACUAGAGCAGCGCCUGCGUUCGGUGGAGAUCAAUGUCCUGCCCCAAAUCAAGCUUUGGCCCCUUAAUUUUUCCUCACUGGCCAACAACGAGCUGGCCAACCCUGACACUCUGUAUGGGCUCUCCCAGCGCAUUGUGGCGGUGGAGGCGGGACGCAGCAUGCUUCAGCAGUUUCACAUACUUCAGCAUUAUCUGAAUCAUUUGCUGCCCCUGGCUGAGCGUCCCACAUUGAGCAGCUACCUGGAGUACAGCGAGUAUAUGGCGGAUCUGGCCAAACCCGUUUACACGUGCGUCACGUCGCGCGUCAUUGAUUUGACAGCGAUUCUGGCCCAGAUGGCCAAGGUCAAGUGGGAUGUGAAUCAUGUGAUACACCAGCACAGCAGCUACAGCGAUGUGCUGAACAGGAACAUACAGAGCUUCGCUAUGUGCCUGGAGGAAAUCUCUAAGGAGGUGCCGGUGCCCAGCAAGCCCGUGUGGAAUUCCAUGGCCCAUGUGGCCACCCAUCUGCUGGUGGAGGGGUUCUCCAAUGUGAAGAAAUGCUCGGCGGGCGGACGAGCUCUCAUGCAGCUGGACUUUGCUAACUUUAUGUCGUUCCUCGAGCUAAUCUCGAACCAAAAGUACCCGCAGCACCGCUCCUACGUGGAUGUCUUCAUCAAGACCUUCUACUUUGCGCCCGAGCAGUUUGAGCAGUGGAUCGAGCAGCAGCGCCUGGGCGAUGAGUACUCCACGAAGCAGCUGACCAGCCUGAUUCAGUGCAUCUGUGUCAGCGACAAGCGGACGCGCCAAAGGUUGCUGCAACUCCUAGAUGGCGGUAUAAGCAAUGGCAAUGGCAAUGGCUUAAACAUGUCGCCGCAGAAAAACCAGCCGGAAACCGUUUCCGGCUCGAAUCUAAGCAGCGUUAUCUGAGCUUCUCUUGAAUAUUAUUUUAUAUUAUUUAUUUUGUUAUAACCCGCGGCGGCUAACCCUGUUGUUAGUAGAUCAAUCUCGUGACAUUCUCUCUGUGUAUUUAACAUUCCGUUUAGUGCAAAUUAACCUUGUGUUUAGGCUAAAAGAUAUAUGAUACCUUAGUUUUACGGGCGAUCUCCAUGAUGUACUUUGUUUCGAAAUUUGAAUCUCUCUCCUGGAACCCUUUAUCUCAGUUCUAUUUUCUUCUUUGCUCUCUCAGAUGUGCAACGUGACUUAAGUACCUAGAGAAAGCAGACAAACAUAUAUAUAUAUAUAUAAUUAUAUACACACAAACAACUA